UUCUCAAGGUUGACAGCCUGCUCUUGAUUUCUGCCUGCAGCAGGUUUAUUCCCUCCUUCUCCUCCUCUGGGGCUUUCCUCCACUGCUUCUUCAGCUGUCUUCUCUCCUUGACCAGUCUCUCAAUCUCCUGCUGUCUCCUGGACUUUGUUGGGAUGGUUGAUGUUUUUUUCCUUUUCUCUGUGAUUCCAAAGCGCUCAGCACCAUAGCUGUAGAUCAGCUCUCCCAUCUUCUCCAGCUUUUUAAUCGCAGUUCCCCUCAGUUGUUCAAAGAGUUUGCUGAUGUCUGUGUUGAUCGCUUCCCACUCCUUUUUUUCACAGGAUUUAGGCCACUUGAUAAGUGGCUUUCGCCCUGGGAUCUUUGUUUCAGUAGCGAGCUGAGGUAGGCUGGGCUCAAGGGGCUCUGCUGUGCUUGGCUCCUCUUCCUCUGGACCCGGGGGAUUGAUGUCCUGCAGACUUUGGCUUUUGUCCUGCUGCUGAACUUCACUUGACUGACUCGACUUGCUUCGUAAGAAGUAGGGGUCGAUGCAAGGUCCCUGUCCGACUUCCUUCAAGCACUUUUUUCGACCUUGAUGUAUUCUAAGGCCUGCAUAGGAUGUUACUUUCGCCCAGCCACAGCUGCACCUCUGAAGCUUGAUUCCUGGAGUAGAUGUUGCAGUCUCAGGGUCAUUCCAGGACACUGGCUUUGAUGGUGGCCAGUACCGCAAUUGGGGGAACGCUACAAUACGGCUAUAAUCUUGCUAUUAUGAAUGCACCAACCACUUAUAUUCAGACUUUCAUCAAUGAGACAUUUUUGGAACGAUGGGGCAUGGAGUUGGAGUUGUAUGAGGUCACCCUGAUCUGGACUUUCGUUGUGUCCGUUUUCUCACUUGGAGGAUUGACAGGUGCCCUGAUUGCUGGGCCCAUGUCAAUACGCUUUGGGAGGAAGAAGACAAUGUUGCUGAGCAAUAUCUUCCUCAUGUCGAGUGCCCUCUUAGGUCUUACGAGUAGAGCAGCAAAAUCUGUGGAGAUGAUCAUCCUCUCCAGAAUACUGGUGGGAAUAAAUGCAGGGAUCAGCAUGAACGUCCAACCCAUGUAUUUUGGUGAGAGUGCACCUAAACACCUCCGAGGAGCCGUGUCACUGUCCUGUGCUGUCUUCACAGCCUUCGGAGUGGUACUAGGACAGAUCGUGGGUCUCAGGGAGAUCUUGGGGAGUGAGUCAUGCUGGCAGUAUCUUCUAGCCAGUAAUGCCGUCCCUGGGUUCUUCCAGUUACUCACGCUGCCCUGGUUCCCUGAGAGCCCUCGUUACCUUCUCAUAGACCGUGGGGACAAGGAAGCCUGCUUUGCAGCGCUGAGGCGUCUGAGGGGCUGUGAGGUCUCGCCCAUUGAGGUGGAGGAGAUCCUGCAGGAGCAGGCCGAGGCAGAGGGCGUGCGUCCACGGCAACCGUGGGAGCUCCUCUCAGACCGCUCUGUCCGCUGGCAGGUCAUCUCUGUGGCCAUCAUCAGCAGUGCUAUGCAGCUCUGUGGUAAUGACUCGAUUUACUUCUACGCGUCCUACAUAUUUCAGGAGGCUGGGAUAGAUCCUGCUGCCAUUCAGUAUAUUACCAUUGGCACGGGCACAUGUGAAUUCACUGCCUGUAUAAUAUCUAACCUGCUGAUUGAGCGACAGGGCCGGCGGGUGCUACUGAUGGGAGGUUACAUCCUCAUGUCAGGCUGGGCUGUGGUGUUCACAUUGGCUCUGUCAUUUGAGCAUAAAGUGACCUGGAUGCCUUAUCUCAGUAUGGCCUGUAUCUUCACAUACAUACUCAGCUUUGGAAUGGGACCAGCUGGUGUGACAGGAGUGCUGCCCACAGAAAUCUUUAACCAGACUGCUCGUCCGGCUGCUUAUACGAUUGCUGGCUCUCUCAUGUGGCUGAAUCUGUUCAUAGUGGGAAUGCUGUUCCCUUUUAUUGUGAGUGGAUUGGGCCAGUUCUGCUUUGUUCCAUUCGGUGCAGUGUGCGUCCUCACGGCUCUCUACAUUGGCCUGUUUUUGCCCGAAACUAAAGGCAAGACCCUUCCGGUCAUUGCCAGCGAAUUUAACCGACUCAACUUCCGCAAACAGGAGAGGACCGGCCAGGCCGAAUACAAAUUAGGAGAAGUCCAACACUCCACGGCCCUGUAGUUGCAGACUCACUGCUGUAACAGGCCAUAACAAUCAAAGAUUGUGUGCUGUGACAAUCAAGGACUGUUGCUGUAAGAUAGUAAAGGGAUAAGUACGUUUUACUUUCAUGUAACCCAUCCACCCAUCCAUGUAGCCAGUACCAGUUUUUGUUUUUUAAAUUAUGAUAAAAUUCUGCUCUUUCAGUAGAAACUACACUGAACACUGCCACUGAUCACUAACACUUUAGAUGACUGAAAAAGCUAAAUUGAGCAUAGCGAUGUGUGGAUGUUGGUUGGGCAUGGUAUUAAGCAUUUUUUAAUUGCAUCUAUUAAAAAUGAAAUGCAAAUGUUUGAAUUAAUCUAUUACCAUUAAUCCUGUUGGAUAAUCUAGAUCUAGAAUGCCUAAAAUGUGAACAUUAAAUACAUUCUUUGCCAAGUAGGACUAGUAGUCUUUAUGCUUCUUCAGUUGCACAAAAUGACUGAAUAUAAUUGAAUUCACAUACGUUUAUUGUUCUUUUUUAAUUUCCUUGUUUUAUUUUGAUUUUGUUGUAAGUGUUGUAACAUUAUGUUCAUAUUCUUUUAGACUGUAGUGUUCACUUGUAGAAGUAAAAAUGUUUUGGGUACCUGAUUGGAGCAUUUGGUAUCAAGCAAUCAAAACAUGGUACCAUCAUAAAAGACAAACAAACUUCAAGCCACAGAAGUACUAUUUAUUCUCAAAGAAGGUGAAAAAAGGAUGUGAUCAAAAUACCAAGCACAAUAAAUGACAAGAUUGAAAAAAUGUCUCUUUGGAAAUGUAUUGCUUC